AUGGCUCCCCCCCAGAUCAAGCUCUACCUGGACGUUGUGAGUCCAUUCGGUUACAUUGCCUUCCAUAUCCUGCAGAACUCCCCCGUUUUCGCCAGCUGCAAUGUGACAUACGUCCCUAUUUUCCUGGGGGGCCUGAUGAAAGCCUGUGGGAACACGCCUCCCAUCCGGGUCAAGAACAAGGAUAUUUGGAUCAAUGAGGAACGACGCCGAUGGGCGCGCUACUUCUCCAUUCCAAUGGUCCAUGACUCCCCCGAGGGCUUCCCGCCAAUGACACUAGCCCCGCAGCGCGCUCUCUGCGCCAUCUCCCAGAAGAAGCCCGAUCAGUUGGCGCCGGCCAUCGGAGCUCUCUACCAUUCGUUCUGGACAGAGGGCAAUGCCAAGAUCGGACAGGUCGAGGGGUUCCAGCCGGUGCUGGAGAAAGUGCUCGGAAAGGACGGCACGCAGGAAAUACUUGCAGCGGCAAACGAAGAAGAAAUCAAAUCCCGCCUGUCGGCGCUCACGGAUCAAGCAUUCCAGUCGGGCGCGUUUGGACUCCCGUGGUUCGAAUGCACCAAUAGCCAGGGCCAGACUGAGGGAUUCUGGGGCAUCGACCAUCUAGGACAGGUUGCUGAUUUCCUGGGGUUAAACCGAACUACCGAUAAGGGAUUCAGGUCAUUGCUGUAA